AUGUUGGACCGCCGCACAUGUAUGACCCUGUUAGUGGACGCAUGGCGCCUAUAUCACCGUCCACUGUACCCGAAUCCAGCAAGAUGGAAGCAGAAAUCAACUCUCAUAAAGCGGUCGACUGCCCCCCCAGGCGCCGGAGUGGAGGCAAAGUUUACCCACAGCCCUAGUUUAGCCGAAGAUGGACAGUUCCAGCCGGGGAACACGGGACUGAGCCCGCAAGCCCCGUCGAGCUCACAGUCAACCUUUGACUGUCCUCCAGGCAGUGAACUAGAUGUACACUUUACCUCAAUCCCCACCUCUCAAGAUGCCCAAGGCAGGGCUCAAGUUUCCCAUGAAACCAAGCGAAACCCCUUUGUAAAUAUCGAUCGCCCUCCUGGAAGUGAACUGGAAACAUUAAUUGUUUCUGAAUCUAUUCCUUCCACACAGUCUCAGUCGGACACAUAUAAGGUCAGCGAAAACACCAAUGGACCGAAUCUGGAUGCUGGUUUGACUGCGGGAACCAAUGUGAAGUGCUCCACGAGAAGUGAGCUGGAGGCGAAUUCCAUCUCUGAUCCUACCAGUCCUUCUGUUCAGGAUUGCCCGUCUGGGUUGAAGAUGCAGCCACCGAACAAGCAAACUGGCAUUUCAACUGAUUGCCCACCAGGCAACGAGCUGGAGGCAAAGUUUUCUUCUGAGCUCAAUAGUCUCAGUCUUGAGUCUGAUGGCCCCGUUCAUCAAACUAGUAACAAUGUCGCCGCGACAGACGUUCAAGAAAGCUUCGAGUGCUCCCAGGGUAGUGAGAUUGAAGCACAGAUUUUAUCAGAAUCAGCCAGCCUGGACAUCGCCCAUUCUGAAGCCCAGACCUGUGUUGAUUGUCCUCCCGGGAGCGAACUGAAGGCAAAGUUUAUCUGCAACCCGGCUUCAAUUGAGGAAAAGAAAUCACAGCCAGAAGUACACACUGGCCUUGAUACAUCCAAGAUAGCCAAGAAUGUUGUCGGUUGUACACCAGGGAAUGAGUUAGAGGCAAAUUUCGGUUCUGAGAUGGCGAGUGCCGAGGGUCCUGAUGAGAAUGAGGACAUGAGCGCCUUGGAUGCUACUGAAAUUCGCUCUCGUUAUGCUUCUUUGGAACCAAAGGUGCAACCCAAUCCGCUAGAUUUCGAUGCUUCCGAAGACCGCGUUGGAGAUUUCAUUCUCAAAAGCCAGAACCUCGCCACUGCCAAAGGAGAGCAACGAGCAGCAUCCCAGAAUCCUUCCCCUAAAUUCCGUAUUCUCGCUUUCGACGCGUCGACGUCACAAGUCUCAGCCACACAAGCAGACUCAUUCUUCGGUGUCGAUGAAGAUGGUCGGCCAAGUGAAAUUUUGUCUCGACUGCACAACCCUGCCAAAUUCCUGCCCUAUUUCGAGAAGAUGCAAGAAGAUGGUUACGAAAUUGCAACCGGCGGUGGCAACAUCCUUGUCUUCCGGAAGACUCUAACCCCCCCUCGUCACACUCUCUCAAAUACUGCAGCCGACCAAGAGCCAGCAAUUCACGCAGAAGUUGCCAAACGUCUUCGCCACGACUCAAUGGACUCCACCGCCACAUACGCUGGAGCUCCCCGGCAAUCCACCACUGAGCCUCCUUCAGCAACUGGAUCCUCUAGAUCAGAGCGCGAACCAACCACAAAACCGGACUCUUCGUUUCGCAAAGUAGGCCGCAGAAUGCUUAUUGCAGGCACAGCUACUGCAUCGACGUGCUAUGCUAUCGGAGUAAUAGUCGAGUUCUUCCGCACUGGCGGAAACGACGGGCGGGGAAUUGAUGGGUUCACUGUGUUUGAGUCAGAUCGACGUCGUCGAGAGUAG